AUGGGGGUCAGCAGGCGUCUGGGCACUGAGGACUGGCUCCCUCUGAGGCCUGGGGGGGGAGAGACCGUCACCAUGACCUCCCUCCCCAGUCCCCCUCACAGACUGUCCACUGUAUGUUUAGCGCCGGGGUCUCAGCACCAGCACCUGGGUCACUUUCACACCUCCCUGUGGUUUCAUGGGCCCACCACUGAGAUGGCCCGCUGUAGCCACACGGCGGCUCACACACUGCUACAGACUCCUCUAUAA